AUGGAAUCUCAACCAGAACUUCCCAUUCCGAUCUCCUAUGUAUCCGGUAGAUACCUCUUGCACUCAAUUGAGGCAGUGACAUACCUGCGACGUGAGCAUCACAUCUGCGGCGUGCUCAUCGGGACGCUGCCCCAGAAUCCACAGCAGAAUGUCUUCCUGGGUCUCCCUUUGGAGCUCAUGCCCGAGGAGGCUAGGCUGUUGGUGGACAAGGAUGUAGCUUGCAUCGUAGACGAAGCCAAGGCCCAAAAUGGCAUGAAAACUCUACUAGAAGAGGACCGCAGAAGAUAUCUCCGUGAGCUUGAAGCCGAAGGCCUACACUACACGCGACUCCAGGGCGAUCUCAAAGACUCGAAGCGGGAACAAUCCUUGAAGAAAAUAGAAGAAAAGAAAGCCAAGGCGAAGGCUGUUGCCGCUGCCGCUGCAGCGAAGACCCAGGCAGCCGAAGAUACAUCUCUUGAGCCCUCGCAGAAGGACGCUGCUGUCGUGGAUCUCUUCGCUUCAGAGGAUACUCGCUCGUCGUCGCCAUCCACAUCGACGCCCCCACAGAGCGCAAUGGCAAUCACCCCUGCAACCUCCUACCCACCGCUUUCCACGCCUUCAUCGUCGAGCCACCUCGCAGCACCCGCAGUGCCUUCGUCUUAUCCUCUCUUCGCCCAUCUACACUCCCGGGGUUACUUCCUCUCUCCCGGACUUCGCUUUGGAUGCCAGUACAUGGCUUACCCGGGCGAUCCACUUCGCUUCCACUCACACUUCCUCGUGGUUUCUUAUGACUGGGACCAGAACAUUGAUCUAAUGGAUCUCAUCGUCGGCGGUAGAUUGGGUACUGGCGUGAAGAAGGGCUUCCUGAUUGGCGGUGCACAAAAGACAGUCGAUGAAGUGGAUUCAGAGGCUGAUCGAGUGGACACCGUUCGGGCAUUCAGCCUUGAGUGGGCUGGCAUGUGA